AUGGAGUUUCUAGUGGCAAUCGGGACAGGAAUUGUGUCAAAACUUGGGGAGAUGUUAAUGGAUCCAGUCACGUCGCAAUUCAAACAUCUGAUUCACUAUGACAAAAAUAUCAAUAAAAUGAAGAAAGAACUCAACAAUUUGCAAGACAGGAAGGGUGCGAUUGAAGGAAUGGUGGACGCAGACAGAAGGAAUGGACGUCACAUUGCUCUAAAUGUUGAACACUGGCUCAACAAAGUGGAUAACGUUGUAGAAAAUGAAUUACAUAAAGUGUACGAUGAUGAGUUUGUCAACAAGAACAAGAAAUGCCUCAAUGGGUUGUGUCCAAAUUUGGUGUUUCGUUAUUCACUGAGCAAGAAAGCAGGAAAAAUGGCGCAAGAUCUUGUUUCCCUGAAGGAGCAAAAAUUUGACUUCAUAUCCUACCCUGCACCUUUACCAACACUAGGAUCCACGUUCACAGAAGGAAUUAAGAGCUUUGCCUCAAGAGAAUCAAUUAUGGCCGAGGUUGUAGAGAAAUUGAAGGGUGAUGAGUUCAACAGGUUAAGCGUUUGUGGGAUGGGUGGUGUGGGGAAAACCACAUUGGUGAAAGAGCUCAUCAAAAUUUUGGAAGCAGAUAAGGUGUUUGAUGAAAUUUCAAUGGCUAUAGUGUCCCAAGUUCCUGACUAUAGAAAGAUUCAAGGUCAAAUUGGUGACACCUUAGGCUUGAAAUUUGAUAAGGAAACUCUACAAGGAAGGGCGGGCCAACUACUUGAGAGGCUUAACAAGAUCAAUAAGGUCCUCGUAGUGCUGGAUGAUGUAUGGACAGAGCUGGAUUUCGAGUUGAUAGGGCUUCCUUCAAAUGGGCAGUGUCACAAGGGCUGCAAAAUUUUAUUCACAUCAAGAAAUGAAGAUGUGUGCCACAGGAUGAUAAGUCAGAGGAACUUCACUAUGCCCGUUCUCUCUAAAGAAGAAGCAUGGGAUCUCUUCAGGGAUACGGUAGGUGGUCAUGUUGCGGACAAAGCUGAGAUUCAUAACAUAGCAAAAGAGGUUGCAAAUGAAUGUAGGGGUUUGCCAAUUGCUAUUGUCACAAUAGCAAAAGCACUAGGGAACAAGGAAAAGCAUGCAUGGGAGGAUGCACUUGAUCAGCUGAGAAAGUCCUCACUAACUUCCUUCUCAGAGAUGCAAGAAUAUUCUAUAUAUUCAUGUAUUGAAUUAAGCUAUAACUUUCUAGGCAACAAAGAAGCUAAGUUUCUCCUUUUGCUUUGUUGCUUAUUCCCAGAAGACUUUGACAUUCCUAUUGAAGUUCUUCUCAGAUAUGGAGUGGGCUUGGGUUUGUUCAAGGAUCUGGGUGCUUUGUGUAAAGCAAGGAAUCGAGUGCAUACCUUGGUUGAUACUCUAAAGAAGCGGUUUUUGUUGCUGGACAGCAAUGAGGAAGAGUGUGUGAAAAUGCAUGAUGUCGUUCGUGAUACUGUCAUAACAAUUGGAUCCAAAGAAGAGCAUGGAUUUGCAGUGAAAUAUGAUGCCGGACAGACGGGGUCAAAGGAGUUCAUAUGGCAUCAUAGUGCAAUCUCACUUGUGUUUGAUGAGAUUAAGAUGCAUCCUAAGCGUUUGCAGUGUCCAAACCUUAGACUUUUACAAGUUUAUUUAAAGAGAAGAGAACCGAUUUCAGAAAAUUUCUUCCAUAACAUGAGCAAGCUAACGGUUUUAGGCAUAAGCAAUCUGUGCAUUCCAUCAGUGUCAUCUCCAUUCCGAUCACUCAAUAGCCUCUGCACCUUACGGUUGGAAGAUUGUCAGGUUGGAGACAUAUCGGUAAUCUGUAAGGAGCUAAGGAAACUGGAAGUGUUAAGCUUUGCCCACUCAAAUAUCAAAGAAUUGCCAGCAGAAAUAGGCAAACUAAGCCUUCUAAGACUGUUGGAUUUGACAGAAUGCAAUGAUCUUGAUCAGAUGUCUUCCGGGGUCCUAGCUAGCUUAUCUAACUUAGAAGAACUUUAUCUUAGAGUCAGGAAUUUCCAUUGGGAGGAAAAGAAUUCCAUUCUUGCAGACCUCAAAUUUCUUUCUCAUCAGCUAAAAGUUCUUGAGAUUUCAAUAACAGGAAUUCAUGUUUUUCCUAAAGAUUUGGAGUUAAAAAGCUUGGUUAAGUUCUGGAUCUAUGUGAGAGACUCAACUACUCUUUCUCAUGGCUUUGGUCGUCGAGGAUAUCUACACCCUAACAUCCUUAAACUAAAUGGUGUGUACCAUAACGAUAUUAAAGAGAAUGUGGCAAUUCAACAAUUGCUUAAGAAAUCUGAAAUUCUCAACCUUGUGGAUGUAAAACAAUUAGAAAACGUGAUCUAUGAGUUGGAUGAAGAAGGUUUUCCGCACUUAAAAAAUCUCAGCAUUGAGUUCUGCAAUGAUCUGAAGUACUUGACAGAUGAAACUGUCGAUGCUUCAAGUUGUGUCUUCCCACUGGUUCAAUCAUUGUCUCUGCACAAUUUGGACAAUUUAAGGGAGAUAUGCCAUGCCAAGAGUUUCACCUCUAGUCGCCAAUGCCUUGGCAGCUUGAGUGAUCUGAAAGUAGAAUUCUGCAAAAAGUUGAAGUAUGUCUUUUCACCAUCUCAGAAGUCAAGUGUUGGGAUGCUUCAAUGCUUGCAUGUGACUGAAUGCUAUGGGAUUGAAUGUAUUUUCUCCAAACAAAUCCAUGAUGGGAAUUCAGUGAUCAAGUUCACAAAUUUAGUGGAACUGAAGCUACAAGAACUUCCAAGCCUUGUUGGGUUCGCUAUACCGGAUCAUAACAAUGAGCUUCAUCUCUUAAAUUCCCAGGUUCAAGAACAGAAGCUUGAAGAUGGUCAACAUCUGCUAGGGUCCAACUCAAUAUUAGGAGCUGACGCAUCUGUUCACAUUGGCGAUACUGUCUUUGACUUGAAACGGUCGGAAAUGGAAGGCCAGCCAGUUCCUAUGCUAUUUUCUCAGCUCAAAGAAAUAGAGAUAUCUUGGCUUAGCAAGCUAAGACAUAUUUGGAGUAAUGUUCCAAGUUAUGUUCAAGGCUUUCAGAACUUGAGAUCACUCAAAGUCAAGAAAUGUGAUGCUUUAAGAAGUAUCUUCAUUCCCACCAUUGCCAGAACACUCGCAAAGCUUCAGAAGCUGGAGAUACACAGUUGCCAGUUGAUGGAGAAAGUUGUUGGGGAUGAUGAUGGAGGAGAACAAGGGAUAGUGGAGACUCUUCUGUUCGCCAAGUUAGAUUCUUUGACACUUAAGGAUCUUCCAAACCUUGUUGUCCCCAGCUGA